AUGGCGGAGUGCAAUACCGAAGCGCGGCUGCUAGGGAAUGCAUCGGGAUUGAAAGAAACCUUCCAAGUUCUUAGUCAAAAGAUUGACAAGUUGUACUCUGAAUCCCAAGGUGAUAUAUUUUUGCAAAAAGCAAAAGAAAAGUGCGGUCAGGGUUUGCAAGGAAUUGAUGCUGGAAGCGAAGAUUACAAUGUGCUUCUUCAAAAUUAUACUCAAGCUGUACUGGAUUAUACAUUUUAUAAAGAAAGCAAGCUUGUCGAUGAAGACUUUCCAGCUGCAACAGCUGAAGCCAGACUCCAGGACAUUUUAGGAGAGCUAGAUGGUGCUCUACAAACUGUGGAUCUUCAUAACAGGAACGCUGAAGAGAUAGCUGCAAUAUUAGGAGAAGAACUGACAGAAUGCAUAUAUUGGAGAAAAGGUGCACUUUUAUACAUGUAUUGUUUUACAAUUAAUGAAGAAAAAGACCGCAGAGAGAAGAAUGGAGACACAUUUCUAAAGAAUGUGAAAAAAGGAGUGGGCUAUCUGCAGUCUAUGCUUAGAGUCCGUGCUCCAGUGGAAAAUGGUGCUAAUGUAGUAUUUAAUGAUAAUGACACUAUGGAGCUAUUAAGCAAAGGAAUAUUUAGUGACACUCAUUUAUUAGCCCUGAUGUAUGCUGGAGAGAUGUGUCACUGGUAUGCAGAAUUUUCCCAGAACCAUACAUCUAAUGAAAGUGAUCAAUUCAGGGCAAGAGAAAUAGGACAAAAUGCAUUACAGCUCUAUAUUAAUGCUGUGAAAGGACCAUUGAAAGGCAAAGGAUGGAACUGUGAUAGAGCAGAAGAACUAAUAAAAGACUUACAGCUUUAGCUUUUGUAUGAAUAGUGUUUAUUUUAAAAUGCAUCCUUUAAAAAUGUCACAAAAUUGUAUGGCACAGAGCUUCAUUUGCUGUCAGAUUAUUAUUGUUCACUGAAAAUUCCUCAUUCUUGGCUACAUCCUACUACUGUAAAUGAUGAAAGGCAAAACUAUUGGUGAAUUGUUGGUAAUUUAACCUGUGUUGUACAUAAAUUGUACAACUUGAACCAAAACAAAAAUUUAAUGGUUAAUGUUAGAGUUUGAACAGCUGGCUCUAUUUAGAGACAUUUUUCAUGCUAUAGCACAUGUUCCAAGUAACCACAUUCCUUUUAAAGUGCUUAGUUGUAGUAAAUGUAGGGAUAUUUUUCCAUAACUAUUGCACACAACACAUUAAAAAUAUUUUCUUUGUUGUAAACAUAUGUGCUGAAAAUAUGAAUAAACAGCUUUUUUUU